CAUUCAAUUGCCCACUCCCCUUCUCCCCACCCCAGCUCUCCAUCCCUUCUCCGUCCUUCUUAACUGCCCAUUCACCUGCAGUUGCAGACCUCGUCAGGGACCCGCAACGCAUGACCAUACUUACUCGCUCGCAGACAGCGGCGAUGGAUCAGAAAGCAGGCGAGUCUGACGAGGCCUACGAGGCACGGUUGGCUGCUAUCAUAGCCAAAAGCAAGCAACGGGCAGAAGCAGCGGCAGCAGCACGGAAGAAGAGAGAGGCAGAGGCAGAGAGACUGCGUCUUCUGGCCGAAGAACAGCGACAGAAGCACGCGGCAGCAGCAGCCAAGGCCGCUGAUGAAGAACGUGUGCGGCGACGCGAGGUUAUAUUCAGGGAGGAGAAUGCAUUACAUGCACAGGCCAAGGACUGGCAGAGGGAGGCCGAGAACGGAGAAUCCGUUGACUACGGGAUCAGAGUAGCUCAGCUGCUCAACCGCGUCACAGACCUCCUCGCUACUUGUAUCGCGCAGCAGGAGGACAUCCACUCUCUCGACCACACCAACAAGGCGUUACAACAGUCGAUGGACCAGMUGCUCAAGSGCAUACAACAGCURGAGCAGCAGGUCGCUACUGCCAGCGCYGRCCCCUCSGACCUCACYGAUCGCGUCAAUGUCUUGGAGAUAGACGUGGGAACWCUUAAGACUSGGGCACARCAGCUGSAACAGCAGGUUUYCGCAGCGGCCGGCCCUAGCGCAACRACRMGCGAAACURUUGCCAAGUUCGAUGGGCUCCCGAUCUUCUGUGAMGCAUCGAAGACCGACCCCWUCCAAUGGUGGCGCCAGUUUGAACUCAAGCUGGAUAYCCACCACGUCAUCGAYGCAAAUCGGCAUGCAUAUUUGUACUCCCGCUCGGGAGGCGCGUGUCAGGCAUGGUUGGACAACAUGCUGUCCGCACAUGCAUGUACAGUCACCGAGUUACACAAGUACAUCACCUGGGCGGAUCUCACAGCGGCAUGGAAGAAGCGUUUCCAAGUAGAACUGCCCGAGCACCAGGCGAUGGACAAGCUGCUGACAUUUUUGCAGAACAGCAUGCGAAGUGGAGAUUGGAUAUCCGAGUUCCAACGACUUGCAAGCACGCCCAAGUUGCCGAUGAAUUUCGACGGCAUCAAGCUUUACUUCAUAAAGAGGUCGUGCCCAGCGUUGCAGAAUGCGUUAACUCAAGUCGCCGAGAACCUCAACACAAGUGAGGAACUCUUCAACAAAGCCGCGCAGAUCAUUGCAACGAAUUUGGGAGCCAGGAAUACGGGCCACUUGACGACUGUCGGCCAGGGCGUGAAUCAGCAUCGGCCGAAAGUGGCCGUGGUCCCAGCAGCAACGCGUAGCGACCCUUCAAUUAUAAACGAGGCUGUUUCGUCUGACGAGGGAAACAUACUCGCAGCUUCCCAGAAUGGUGGCCGCCCCUCCCAAGGACGAGGACGCGGCAAGACGAAGACGAACACCACUACUUCUUCUGGGUCCGGGCAAGCAGCUCAAGAGCAAGGACCUUGGACAGCGUACGGGCUUACGGAGCGCGAGUACCGUGUCAGCACCAAGUACCGCUAUUGUUUGUGGUGCAACAGCUCAGCAUAUGAGACAGCGGGCUGUCCCACGAAGGCCAAGGGUAUCGCCCAGUCGGGAAAGUGAGCACCGUCGAGAGUGACGCGACGACACUCUCGACGCCUACGGAACCA